UGAAGAAAGCAAACAGUGCGUCUCGGUGUCUCUUGAGAUUCGGCAGAAGGGUUUCAUCGUUUAAUGCCGGCCUUUCAUUAACAAACUCAGUGGCGAGACUCAGCAGCGCAGACAAUGGACAAAGCGGCACAAGCGGCCAAGCGGAGACAAGAUAAAAGCCACAAGCGUGUACCGCCACCGAAACCGAACAAACAGACGGGCAAACCAUCGGCUGCGAAACCGGAACCACCUGAAGUGCAACACACGGCCCCGCUCGUAGUCGUCGAGGCUCGCUACUCAAAGCGAGAGAUCACACAAAACUGGACCGAAGAUCGAGAGCUUCCCGCCGGCGAAGGUAGCUCCUCCGAGGACGAACAGCUGAAUGCGGCCGAUUUUGAGAAGCUCCUGGAACUUCCUCCAUCCUCGGGCGGUCACUUUUUGCUGAGCUCCGAAAAGCACUGGCUGAAUCCGGACACCGGAUUACCCGGCGAUGACGAGAGGAACGGUUACGGCGAGUACUUCCGGAUCGACACGAAGCAGCUAAACGCAAGCCUCGGCUGUAUUCCAUUCUACCAACGGCAAGGCUACGAUGAGAAACUCUUCACCGCCUCCGAGUUGAAUCUGAUGCGACAGAAGGCGGAACUGCAGAGGGAAAAGUGGGGCAAAGGCAAAGAAAACAUGAUCCCGACCGUUCCUCCUGCUCCAACGAAACCACGGCCUGUACCUUGCUUGGUGAGUCCGUUUGCGUCACCGAAGGAUGAAACAGCCGCAAAACCACGUCCACCAGCCUGCUUGGUUGGUACGGCCGCUCUGCCCAGGGAUAAGAUUAAGGUAAAUGAAGAAUCCGUCGUUAAAGUACAUGCAAGGAAAGAGGAGCCCAAGAAGGUUCCUGUGCUGGAAAGUAAGCUAGCGGAACUUAAAAUUGAACCUAAACAAGUCACUAAGUUGGUGCCUUCAACAGAAACUCUUGGCCAGCAACAGUCUACGAGUAAACCUGAGUCAAAUGAUACAAAAGAAGAUAUCCAGCAGUGGUUAGAUGAUAUACUUGAUAUUUAGCGAAUAAAUUGGUCUUUAGUACAGGACCUGGUGGCCUACGGGAUAGUAAAGCAGUAAACGGCUGUGUUCUGU